CUUCACAAGAGUUCAUUAGGUGUCUAUCCCCAUCACAGCUCUGCCUCGCCCAGUGCCCAAAUAAAAAGAAUAUCUGGGCCACUUUCUUACGAUUUUUCCGUUGAUUUUAUGUCCUCUAGGUUUUCCUUGCCUUUGUGCAAUGGCUAGAACCUCCAGAACAGUGUUGAAUACUGGUGGUGAGAGCAGGCAUUCCUAGGGGGUUUCCACCAGUUAGACAACCUGGGGUUCUCCCUGGAGGAGGAGGUCCCAGGACCCAGCAGGCCCCUUAAGGCCAGGUCAUCACUCACUUAUCUGAACUCGCAGCAGGAGCGCAGCCUAGCGAGCCGAGCUGGCUGGAGCUUGAGCAGUGCGGAGUCCACCCUGCUUGGGGCUCCCAAGUCCCGGCCCGCUGCCGGCCCCGACCCAGGACGGGGACUGGACUGGGGCGCGGGCUGCCUUUUUAGGGAGGCCAGGAGGCGCGGGUGCGGCUGCUGCUCCCCGACCAGCCCCCCGACUCUGCCCCAGGUUUUGCCCCUACCCUACGGACCAUCCGCCCUCCCCGAAGGGCAGGCCGGGCGGGAUGUGUGGCUCUGGCCCCGGCGCUGGCGCGGAGGUGCUGGCAUUCGGGUGGGGCUGCCCUCUGCGCCCGCGACCCAGCGCUUCCCGGCUUCUUCCAAGGGCAGGCGUGGAAGAAGGACUUGAGGUUCGGGGGCUGCGGCGAACAGACGCCCCAGGGGUGGAGGAGCGGCAGCAACCAACAGAUGCACAGAAAGGUGGCUUCUCCGAAGAGUCCUGUGUCCUACACAGAGAAACUAGACAGGGUUCAGGCACCUCUGGAUUCCAGGCCAACCUGGCAGGGCAAAGGUUUGCAUCUCAGCACUACCCCCUCCUCCCCAGCCCUAGUGGCCUCCAACAGGUCAGUCUGCACUGGCCAGAAGGCUUGAAGGGCGAAGAGAUAAAGAAGUGCAGCCAGAUAGGGACACUACUGAGUAAAUAUAACCAGCAGUACCACAAGUUGUUUCAGGACAUCCCGGUGGAGGAGGUGGUUCUCAAAGUGUGUUCCUGUGCCCUCCAGAGGGACCUCCUUCUCCAGGGUCGGCUCUACAUCUCCCCCAACUGGCUCUGCUUCCAUGCCAGCCUCUUUGGCAAGGACAUCAAGGUGGUCAUUCCUGUGGUGUCUGUGCAAAUGAUCAAAAAACACAAGAUGGCGCGGCUCCUUCCCAAUGGCCUGGCCAUCACCACCACCACCAGCCAGAAGUAUGUCUUUGUGUCACUGCUGUCCCGCGACAGCGUGUAUGACGUGCUGAAGAGGGUCUGCACCCACCUUCAGCCUUCCGGCAAGAAGAGUCUGAGUGUAAGAGAACUUCUGGAGGAACCUGAGUGCGAGUCUCUGCAGGAAGUCCUCAUCCCUGAGAUGAAGUGGAGAAAAGUGUGCCCUGCCUCGAGGUCCCUGUCCCUCCCAGACAACAUCCUUCGUGUCCCUCGGGUAUCCAUGGACUCCACGGACAGCUUCUUCCCCUCCGGGAAGCCUCCAGGGUGUGGAAAUGCUGUCUGUGAGGAGAAGAAUCUGGAGGAGCCCAGGAGGGGCAGGGAGCUGUGGCUCUGGGAUUACCAGUUCCUCAAGGUCUUCAUUGUGCUGACCUGCUUCCUGGUCGCGUUCUCAUCAUACCUGGCCUUCCGCAUCUCCCAGCUGGAACAGCAGUUAUGCUCCCUGAGUCGGGAUGUCCCUGCCCCUGGGCACAGGUAGUAGCUGCUGGGCCUCUGUCCCACUCCUCCGAGAAGGAUGCUCUGGGUGCUAAGCUCCUGCUGACAAUCUCCAUGGUUUAUGCUGCUGCUGUGCUGAGACUGUGUAUGAAGGAAAAUAUUCCAGAUCCUUCCUUUCCUCCAACUCUCCCUCCUUUAGUGAGUGAUCUGAAGUACUUGUUUACAAAGCUCCUACAGUUUUGGGACUCAGACAAAAUGGCAGAUUUUGGAACCCACUGAGGAAUUCUGUACGCUAAGCUUCAGCAACCACUCAAACAAACAAAAAAAUGAACUUGCUCCUUGGAAACAGUCUGGCACACGGGCAGAACACUAACGCCACGCCAAGGGACAGAGGCCAGGUUCCGAUAGCUGGAAUGCGGCUCUCUGUCACAUGGCUCACUCCAAUGGGGGGACCGAGGCCAGAACUCAAGCCACCAGUGUGGGCUCUGCUCUCUCCCAGCGCGCUGCGCUCUCACCUGGACCCCUGAGAGUCCCUGUUCUGGGGCCACAGGGCUUCUUGUAAGGGAUCCAGGCACCCAGCAGACCUGGAGCAGCCCGGAGGGAAGGUGGGGCAAUGAGUGAGGAGAGGAGGGCUCGUGGCUAGAUUCCAGCAGGAGAGGACGGUUCGUGCUCUGUGCUGCGGCUCACUGCCCGCACGAGGGACACCGGCCGGGGCUGUGAAGGAGGGCAGAGGACUGGCGUUCUGUGUCCUCAGCUAACGGUUCCUAGGGAGGCAGGUGGGGCGGGGCCUUUGAUCACUGUGGCCACAGACUGGCACUGGGUCUUCCUCGGGGGCUCAAAGUUUCCAUGGUGCCCCAGGCAGGAAGUAGGGGAUGGGAAGGGUGGGAGGGGUGGUGGCUUUGAUUUGACGUCUUGCUUUGUGCUCCCUGCCUGACUGCCCAGACCUCAGGCUUGGCCAGUAGUAGCCUGUCGGGUGGGCAGCGUGAUGGUGUUGGGCUGCCCCAGGCAGGAAGGCAGGGCUCACCUGUGUCGCCUGCAGUCAGUGUGCUGCAGGCCAUGGAGGGGGUUCCUCUGCUCCACGGGCUCUGUUCCCUAUGAAGCAGGUGGAGGUGUGCGAGGUGGGCCUGAUGUAGUGGGGGUACCAGCCAAGGGGCUCUGUCGGAUAGCUCUGGAGACGAGAGGGAGGGGUUGGAAGAGUAGGCAUGAUGGUAGCUUUGCCGUAGUCCUCUUCUCUGUCAAGGCCUGUAUUCUGAAAAGCUUCUCUGUGCCUCAGACUGCUGGCCUGCUCUCCCUGGGACUCCCAUCUGCUAAGACGGUGCACUUGGAGGUUCUGGAAGGGCCUUUAUGGGGAGGCUAGAAGUAUUAUGGAGAAGCCCUGUUGAUGGGGUGGGUAGUGUCAGAAAUAGCUACUCUUUCCCUCUCGAGACACCUGAGAGGUUAAUGGGGAGAAAUCCAGAUGGAAAUGAUUUAUUAUGGCCCCAUGCUUGUCUGUUCUGUUUAUGAGAAACCCAAAUGAGGACAGGAGGACAGGUGGCAGCGCCCUUUGCACCGUGCAGGCUGUUCAUUCUUUCCCCAUCCCAGGUGCUAGGACUGAGCCGGGCCCCUGUGCCUCGUGGGUUGCUUGCACCAAAUCUGUAUGUCCCCGGUGAAAUUCACUCUUCUGUUCUCCCCAGAGUGCCACACUGGACGAACGGCCAACCUUUUUUUGGAGCGGCCCCCCUUCAUUGCUUCUUUCCAUCAUAUUUGCAGGGAAAUAAUCCUACUUGCCCCAGCACCCCCCCUCCCUGGUGCCUGCUAAAAUGCAGGGAGAAUAGAUCCAUUUUCUGAGCCUUGCUGGGUUGAACCAGAGGUUCAUGAGAGACCAUGAGAAGUGCCAAGUCAUGGGUGACUGUGCCAGGAUGCUGGUGAGUGCUCCAGGCUGAGCAGGGACAGGAGGCAGACUGUAGGGUAGGUGGCUUUGGAGGCCCUCCUGGGGUUCAGGGCUUUAGGUGGCAUAAGCAUGCCUGCCCCUCUUGAGAGCCCUCUCUUUCUCCCCCUGUCUCCUAGCUGGUUCUGUAAGGCUCCUGCACCUUCUGUUGUGCUCAUUUAUAAACGAGACACAUUUAGACAGGCCUUGCUUGCACUGGCCGGUGUCCCUCUAAUUCCCUAAGAGUUUGGUUCGACUAUCCUUGGGUUGUAGCACUAGGGCAUUAGUCUUUGAAAAUAUUUUUAAAUAAAAAGUCUGAUUUUU